AUGUUUUAGCAGUAGCAAAAUCAUUUGAAUCAGCAGAUUUAGCAUUAAUUCUCCCUUUCAUCUGCCAUAAAUUACCAGCAAAAUUUUUAGUAUCAAUAGUAGUAACACCAAUAGCAAUAAUAAGUAGUAGAGUAGAAUACAUACUAUGAGCCAAUGCAGACUUACCAUAACUAUAAUCCAUCUGAGGAGGAUUAGACUACUAACACAUCUUCCUCAAUUAAAAAUAGCUCAGAUAAUGAGGAUGAGGGCGUAGAUGCUGGCGGAAGUAGAGUGGAAGAAAUUAUGAGAAGAUACGUUGGAAAUGUUGCUCAAAAUAAUAAUUUGAACAGAGUAAAUAUACUAAAUGAAAGCAAGGUGGUAACAAAUAUUAAUAAAACUAAUGCCAGUAAUCGAAAUGAAAAUGAAGAAGUUAAACAUUCUGAUAUUAGUAUAAGAGUGUUUGUAUAUGUGAGAACAUUAAACAGACAAUAUUCUCUAAUGCUUAACAAGAUUAAGCAUAGAAUGAAUCAUCAGUCUUUCUUAAUGGAAAUAUGCUAAAGGCUAGGAAUUGGCUAUGAUCCUAAUACUAUGAUAUUGUAUCUACCUCCAAAUCAUCAGAUAAUGGAUCUAGAGCCAGUUGAAAAAAAUGACCUACUAAUCCUUGGAUUUAAAAAGGAUAUCAAAUUGUUUACCUAGCAGUACGAUGUUAAUCAAUUGAUUUUCAAAAGUUACAGAUAGGAAUAAGAAUAAUAAGCAUAGCAACAAAUUGAAUAAAGCCAGUAGGAAAAAUAAGCCGAAAAUCCAUAAGCAGAAAAAGCCAUCAAUAAUAAUAAUAAUAUUCAGACUUUAAUUAAUUGA